AUAUGGUGUUAAAUUUAUGAGGAAGUGUGGAAAGUACGUUUCUUUGAUCAAGUCAUAAAAUAAAUUAUUGGAGCUGAUAGAAUCAUAUGUAACCUUGUUAUAAAUGGAUUGUAGAUUUUCAGGCUGUCAACUUCACAAACUUUACUCUGUACAUAUAUGGAUUGUUUUAGGACUCGGUAUCCUUUGAGGAUGUGGCUGUGAACUUCAGUCUGGAGGAGUGGGCUUUACUGGAGUCUUCACAGAAGAAACUCUACAGAGAUGUGAUGAGGGAAACCUUCCGGAACCUGGCCUCCAUAGGUAGCAAAUGGGAAGAUCUUGACAUGGAAGAUCAGUACAAAAACCAGAAGAGAAAACAAAGAAGUCGUAUGUUGGAGAGAACCUGUGAAGGGAAAAUGGUUAGUCAGUGUGGAGAAAACAUCAGCCUUAUUCCUGAUUUCAGUCUGAAGAAGAAAUCUCUUCCUGGAGGAACACGGUGUGAAUGCAGAAUGUUUGACAAAGCCUUCACAGAUCAUUCAUCUCAUAGUAGUCACACCAGCUGUCACAAUGGACAAAACUUCUCUGAGUAUCAGAGAUUUGGAGUGAAGCCAUAUAAAUGUAAUGUAUGUGGGAAAGCCUUUAGUUAUCUUCAGUGCUUUGAAAAUCAUGAAAGAACUCACUAUGGAGAGAAACCCUAUAAGUGUAAGGAAUGUGGGAAAACCUUUAUGUGGCUCAAAAUUCUUCAGAAACACAUGACCAAACAUAGUGCAGAUGCUCCUUAUAAUGGUAAGGUGUGUACGAAAACCUUUAGUUCUUCAACUUCUCUUCAGACAGGUGAGAGAACCCACUCUGGAGAGAAGGCCUAUCAAUGUGAAAAAUGUAGUAAAACAUUCAGGCAUCCCAGCCAACUUCACGUACAUGAAAGAACCCACAGUGCAGAGAAACCAUAUGAGUGUAGGAUAUGUGGAAAGGCCUUCAAAUAUUUCAAAUCCUUAGAACCACACAGAAUGACUCACACAGCAGAAAAACCCUAUAAAUGUAAGGAAUGUGGAAGAGCAUUCAGGCAUUACAGUUCCUUAGAAAUACACAAAAGGUUUCACACUGGAGAGAAGUCCUAUGAAUGUAAACACUGUGGUAAAGCUUUUAGUUAUCACAGCUCCCUUAAAGGACACAUGAAAAUGCACACUGGAAACACACCUUACCAAUGUAAGGAAUGUGGGAAAGCAUUCACUUGCCUUAGUUUGUUACAAAGACAUGAAAGAACUCACACUGGCGAGAAACCCUAUGAAUGUAAACAAUGUGGUAAAACCUAUAAAGAUCACAGUAACUUACAAACACACGAAAGAAAUCAUACUGGAGAGAAACCCUUUAAAUGUAAAGAAUGUAGAAAAGCCUUCAAUUGUAACAAAAACCUUCAAUUACACGUGAAAAGGCACAAUGGAAACAAACCGUAUAAAUGUGAAGAAUGUGGGAAAGCCUUCGUUGAUGGCUCAUCCUUACGAAGGCAUAAGAGGAUUCACGAAUAAAACCUAGUGAAUGUAAAUAGUGUGGAAAAGACCAGUUAUUCCUUUUCUUUCUGGAGGCAUUAGAGGACUCGCUGGAUAAAACCUCGUGAAUGUAAAGAGUGUGAGAAAGGUUUCAUUGGUCUAUAUUUUUUUUAAAUGUAUUUUUAUUGAUUUCAGAGAGGAAGGGAGAGAGAGACAGAA